AUGCAUGCUGAAGCAAUAUGGACUGCUCUGAACGAUGUAGCCUCCAGUAGCAGAAGAGGUACUGGGCAAUCUGGUGGUUGGACAUCAUCUGAGGACGAGCCUGAAGCAAUGGAGCAAGAUGAUGAUGAUUCUGAAACAGAUCGGAGCUUAAGAUUUAAAGAACAUAGAAAGGCCCACUAUGAUGAAUUUCUUAAAGUCAGAGAGCUGCGACAGAAGGGUUCUCUUGUUGAGGACGAAAAUGACGAGGAUAAUAAUGCUGAACGUUAUACGGCGGAGAAGUGUGAAUCAUCUUCACUGAGUGAUAGUGUAAAAGAGAUGGACAUUCAGGGAAAGAAGUCUUCAACGCCUCCAGCUAAUGGUUCUUAG